CUUCCCCUCGGGUGCGAAGACCCAGGCCAGACAGGCCGCUGUCCCAAUGUGGAGCUCUGGCGCUCGGGCUUUGCAUUGCGUGUGGGAGGUGCGACUUGCUGGGUUCCUGGGUAGAAGCUUGCUGAGCACCAAUGCUGCCUCGGGGAAGAGCAAGGCGCAGCAGUGCUGGAACUGCGGCAGCGCAGGGAGUGUGGAGAGUGGGGAUGGGUUCUUCUGCGAACACUGCCGCGCGUUGCAGCCUCCUGACCCGACUCGGGACUACUUCAGCCUCAUGAAUUGUCACCGAUCCUUCAAGGUUGACAUCGUGAAACUUAAGCACAGGUACCAUCAACUACAAUGUCUCAUCCAUCCAGAUUUCUUCAGCCAAAAGUCUCAGACUGAAAAACACCUCUCAGAGAAGCAUUCGGCCCUACUGAAUGAUGCCUAUAAGACUCUUCAGGCUCCCCUGAGCAGGGGACUAUACCUUCUAAAGCUCCAAGGAAUAGAAAUCCCUGAAGGGACAGACCAUGGAACAGACAGUCAGUUCCUUGUGGAAAUAAUGGAAAUCAAUGAGAAACUCUCACACGCUCAAAGUGAGGCUGCCAUUGAAGAAAUAAAAUCCACUGUCAGAGAAAAGUGCCUGAAGCAUGACAGGGACUCAGCUAAUGCUGUUAAAUACGUCACAACAGUGAAUACAAGCGCUGAGCGUCAAGACAGAAGUCAGCCACCCUCCUCCAGAAUUUUCAGGCAUCUUGAGUAUCACAUAAAGCUCCAGAGUGGAGGCCGGGCGAUGGUGGCUCACGCCUUUAAUCCCAGCACUCGGGAGGCAGAGGCAGGCGGAUCUCUGUGAGUUCGAGACCAGCCUGGUCUACAGAGCUAGUUCCAGGACAGGCUCCAAAGCCACAGAGA